GAGGUGUCGAGCUCUGUCAACGAGUUGAAUGUCUUUUUCGUCUCGUCACGUAUCCUCCGCAUUAGUUUACCGCCCCCUUUGACCCUGUCUUAAACGUUUUUUGGGAAAUCUGAUCAUUGAUACACCUAAUUUCGCACGAAAAGAUGCGUUUCAAGUGAGUUCGCAAGGGGUGGGUGGUAUCAGAUUGCGAUAUUCGCCAAAUCACUGCCCGUUUUUGAUUUAUCUUCCUUACAUUAAUUUGGAAUUGUGCAAAUUUUAAAAUGAAGAAAGUUUCGAACAUAUCGCUGCAAUUUUUGUCAAGUCAAUAUUCAGGCAGAGGACCAUGCAAUAUAACCCAGGUCCAUGCUGAAGUCUUGUCACGGUAUCCUGGCCUAGUGUCCCAGAUUGCUCCAGUAAUGAAAAUCCUUCAGACAUGUAUCCACAAUGGACCCCCACACCCUGAAGACCUUACCAAGUUGCUUGAUAAAUUCCAUGGACAGUUGAAACCGUCUGUCACUCUGGAAGCAGCUCUAAAUGAAAGGACUGAGAACCAGCAAAAUGAUCAACUGGCUAUUGUUUUUAACAAAGAAGGCGGAAUGGACUUGUUGAUCACUCUAAUACUAUCUUAUGUGCCCUAUGAUUCCCUUUCUAAAGCAAAGUUUGGAAUGGAAAUCAUACACAGAACGAGGAGAAAUGCGGACGCCAUGCGAAUUCAGAAGAUGUGUCUUGUGAUUUUACGACAGUUAUCCAUCCUCGAUCCUGACUGCAGUCUUGCUCUGUCUACCUGUGACCCCCUUUUAGCACAUUGCUUCCGCCUGCUUAAGUCCACUACGUUAACAGAGACGGCCUGCGAUCUCAUUGAACACCUUCUAUUAUCUAGGAAUGACCUUGUCCAGCUAGAUGGUUUCAAGAGAUUAAGUGACGUAUUGCAACAACUGGACGAUGAGACGUUGUCUCAAACAUACCGUGUUCUUUCAUUGGCAGUCUCGGAUGUCGACGAGUGUGAGAACAGGGCCUCCCUUUUGGCUCAGCGUCGGCAAAAGCUUAACACACGUAUCAAUGAGAUGACCAUAUCCAGCUUGAAUCGAGAUUAUGUCGUUGCCAUACCUGGCCUUUUAGGAAAAGUCCUGAAUUACGCUUGUAGUCUGCCUUUUGUUCCACGUUAUCCCCUGCCCAGUACCGAAAAUGAACAGUGGAUGGCUUGGAUUGAUGAAAAUUUGUCGCAUAAUAGCCACAGUUUUGAUACUGUUGGCGGGUUCCUUCAAGCUGUGCUUGAAGACGUGUUCCGUGAUGAGCUCGAGAUGAGCUCCCAAGUCAACAUGGACACGGAGAGCUACGUUGCAGACGCUUUGGAGCUCCCAUCACAAUUGACGCGCCGGGUCGACGCCCUUUACCUACUGAGCUUGUUGCUAACGGGUAGCCAGCGAGGCAAAGUUCAAGAAAUUUUGGCUAAAUUAGGCAUCGGGCCACUCUUAUCAGCGUUGUUUGAACAAUUCUUGUGGAAGCCAUCCACGACGAGGCAUACCACUGAUCACGCUAAUCAGUGCAAUUGUAGCCCAGAAAUGAUCUUGAAGAUCCAGCUGCUUCGUUUAGUGCACAACUUCUGCUCCCAUAGCACUUACAAACAUGUCCUACUUUCCUAUAGUGAAAUGGAUGAGCUAAAACAGCUAUACACCGAAUUCGAAAGUUCCACUGGGCCGAAUAGUGUUAGCAGCAGCUCUUCGUCGUCAGCUUCUACCUCUUCCGGCGUAGGCGUUACUGCAACUCUAGCCAGCUUACCUUAUUGCACAGGAGGCUCCGGUCUGCUUUCCAAGAUAAUUCGCGUCUUGAAAAAUGUGCCCACUUCAUCGAUUUUUCGGUUCUGGCUGUGUCGUGCGGUCGAGAGCUGGUUACGUAGCAGUAGCCAAUACGGAGUAGCAGAUCAGCUUUUUGUAAUCACACGAGGUUUGUUGCAGCACAUUGUCCACGUAUUGCUGGAGAGCGAAUCAGCUGUUGAACCGUCUGUGGUUGUGGGUGGAGUCGCAGGCAUCGCCCGCAAUAACAACGGAUCUCUCGUCUCGGGACCACCGCGUGAAGUGGCUCAGAGUAGCUUUGACCUUCUAGGGGAAAUGAUCCGAUUUAACAUGGAAGCUUGCCGACAACUAGAUAUCUUGCUACCAAACGAAGCUAAAGUUUCAAAAUAUCUGGAAGUCGUUCACGGCAAUCUGAUUGAUUCAAACAUGUUCCUUCGCUCCGUCUUUCUAACGAUGGACCACUGCAUGGAAGGCGGCAGUGGUGGUCGGUUCCAACAAGCGGCCGUUUUCUUCCCGACUUCCAAAUUCUUUUCGUGGUUCCUGCACCUACGCCGACGUGUCUGUUAUUUGGCUUUGCUCGUCUCAUCCAUCUCGGUCGAUACUCUGACACUAGAGAACGUCAGCUGUCUCAAUACGGCUCUCAUCAUCUUGAUGCUGGCCGCCCGCCAGGGUACCUUGGCCAAUUGUCUAAAAAUGCUGGCCACAGCAACCAUCGAGCAACUCAGACUCGGGCCUGCAGGAACAGAAGAUAGAUUAGGAGCCAACAAGAAGCGGUGUUUAGAGCCACGUCACAUAUUAUCGAGCUUGUUUCAGUUGCUGCGCUUUUGGCGAGUUCACUACCAACCGGGUGACCAGUCGUGUAUUUCCCUUGAAAAAGGUUCGGGUAUUGCGUUUGAAGAAUGGAUCCGCACUAUCGACUUGCUGACGAGCGUCGAUACUACGUCCCCGUACUCUUUGCUUCAUUAUUUGCCCGAAGAUCAGUCCCGCAUCGUUCAAACUUGGGAUAUUGAAAUGGAAUGUAAUUAAAUAAUGCUUUCCUUUGACAAUAAUAACAUUGGCAGCGGCCACCUGAUUCUGUCGUGACUUUUCUCAUACCUUGUUUGUGUGUGCGUAUAGCCAAUCUAGCGUGUUAUGUACAUCAGUUGUGAAUAGCUUUUCCCUUCGUCUGUUUCCCCUUGGCCUACGCGUAUUCUCUCAUCUUUUGGUCCAUUUUCUUGUUCGUUUUUUUUCUUUCUUGACGCAGCAAACAAUUUUUUUUUGCCACUAGAUUACCUCCCUUCGCGUUGAGUCUCUCGUGUACGACAGUUAUUAUUAUCAUUAUUUUUUGUAAUUUCACUGUUUUCUUAGAACCCUGCUCGCUCGCGCACUUUCACAACACUUCUUUAAGCUGUGUACAUAUUUUCAUCUCAGGUUUCUCCCUUUCUUGUUCUGUUUUUCCUCUUUCUUUCUCUCUUUGUCUUUCAUCUUAACCAUCUAUAUUUGAUUGUUUGUUACCUUUCUAACACGAUACAUUAUGGAAAUUAAUAAAAUCUUUGUCCGGGUGUAA